CGGCGCCGUCCCCGCCGCAGCCUGAGGGGCGCUGAGGAGAGGUUUAUUUAUUUUUCGGAAGAGGCGCGGAGAGGAGCCGCGGUAAACCCGGUGGCCCCGCCCGCAGGCUCACGCCAUGGUGCGGGCCCCCCUCCGCCCCUGAGGAGCGGCGAGGCGGGGGGCGGCGGCGCGGUUGCUAAGGCUGAGCUACGAGAGGCAAACAUGGCCCAAGCGCCCACUGAUCCAAGUAAUGUGGAAAUCACUGACCCAGAGGAGAGUUCUCCAAAUAUGAUAGUCUACAGAAAGAUUGAAGACAUCAUUACAAGAAUGCAGGAUGACAAAGCAGGUGGAGUUCCCAUCCGCACUGUCAAGAGCUUUCUGUCCAAAAUCCCCAGCGUUGUCACUGGUGCUGAUAUUGUGCAGUGGCUUAUGAAGAACCUCAGCAUUGAGGAUCCAGGGGAAGCAAUACACUUGGGAAGUCUUAUUGCUGCACAGGGUUAUGUCUUUCCAAUCUCAGACCAUGUCCUCACCCUGAAAGAUGAUGGGACGUUCUAUCGUUUUCAGGCACCGUACUUUUGGCCUUCAAACUGCUGGGAACCAGAAAACACAGAUUAUGCCAUCUAUCUUUGCAAACGGACCAUGCAGAACAAAGCUAGGCUGGAGCUGGCGGAUUAUGAAGCCGAAAACUUAGCAAGACUUCAGAGAGCAUUUGCAAGAAAGUGGGAAUUCAUCUUCAUGCAAGCUGAGGCUCAAGUGAAAAUCGACAGAAAAAAGGAUAAAACGGAAAGAAAGAUUUUGGACAGCCAGGAAAGAGCAUUCUGGGAUGUGCAUAGGCCUGUGCCGGGCUGUGUGAACACCACAGAAAUGGACAUUAGAAAGUGUCGUCGUAUGAAAAACCCACAGAAGGUGAAAAAGUCAGUAUACGGUGUUACAGAGGAGUCUCAGUCCCAAAGCCCUGUACAUGUGCCCUCCCAGCCUGUCCGCAAAACUACAAAAGAGGAUUUCCGGAGACAAAUAACUUUUCUGAACGUGCAGAUAGAGAGACAUUGUUUAAAGAUGUCCAAAGUAGCAGAAAGUUUAAUAGCCUACACAGAGCAGUAUGUGGAAUAUGACCCCUUUAUAACUCCUGCUGAGCCUUCCAAUCCCUGGAUAAGUGAUGAUACAGUGUUGUGGGACAUCGAAAUAAGCAAAGAACCCAGUCAGCAGCGUGUGAAAAGAUGGGGUUUCUCCAUGGAUGAGGUGCUGAAGGACCCAGUAGGACGAGACCAGUUCCUUCGUUUCUUGGAAUCAGAAUUCAGCUCGGAAAACCUCAGGUUUUGGUUGGCUGUCCAAGAUCUCAAGAAACAACCUCUACAGGAUGUAACCACCAGAGUGGAAGAAAUCUGGCAAGAGUUUCUAGCUCCUGGGGCCCAAAGUGCUAUCAACCUGGAUUCCCACAGCUAUGAGAAAACAAGCCAAAAUGUCAAAGACCCAGGGAGAUAUACAUAUGAAGACGCACAGGAGCAUAUUUACAAGCUGAUGAAGAGUGACAGCUACGCGCGCUUCCUCCGUUCAAAUGCUUACCAGGACUUAUUGCUGGCGAAGAAGAAGGGAAAGUCUCUGGUGAGCAAGCGUCUCACGGGCCUGAUGCAGUCCUCCUGAUGGCUUCAGCCGUCCGCCCUGCAGGAGAGACACCCCGGACCACUGCCAAAGACGGGGCGUUUUGGGGAGAGCAGGUCCCCACGGGGGAGAGAGCCUGAGCCAGCGCAAGCAGCAAGCCACUCGCCAGAGGAGCGCCUCUCGUCACAGUUUACAUCAACACUUUCCUACCUGUACAGCUUUGCAAGGAUGCCAAGCUCUGUGCAGGUACUUGGUUUCCAACCAGGGUUUGGAAGAGCACACAUCGCCAUAUGCAGAAGGUCGACAAGGCAAGGGCUUGCUGCCUUGUUAUUUAAGGACACAGACCCAACUGCAACUUGGAGAAAGAAGAGCUGAGAGAUCAGUGUUUUUCCUUCAUCUCUUCUCUCAAACAUGGCUGUAAGAGAUGGCGCCGCAGUUCCGCUUGCUCUCUUUCUUGUGGCCCUCGGGAUCCAAUGAAAUACCUGCUGGAAGCUCCUUCUCCAUCUCACAAAAUCUCAAAUGCAGUUCUCCUGCAGAUUCAUUGACUUUAGCUUUGUUUUUCUUUCCUAUGUCUCUCCUCUUUUAAAGCAAUGAAAAAAAAAAAAAAGGCGGCACUAUUUAAGUUCAUCAUUCGCUGUCCUUCCAAUAGCAUGUAGCAUGUCCAGAGAUGAUGGCCAGAUCCUCAGCUGAAGUCAGGAGAACAUGAGUGGUUUUCAUCACCCGAGGAUCUGCCCCACUGAGCCAGACUCUGAUCUUGGUGCAGAUCCUCUAAUGUCAGCGGAAUCACUCUGCAUGUGCGUGUAGUGCAAAAUGUGAUCAGACCCUGCCUGAUGCUCAGAAAGUCAUGUUUUAGAUGUGUAAUGCACACACAAACACACGCGUGCGCGUGCACACACACACACACAGGGUAUUUAAAAGUGAGUUGUUUUAUAUUGUAUUUGAUUUUCUAUUUAUUUAAGGUUUUGCAUACUUACUCAGUGAUGGAUGUUCAAGCUUUACUCCAAGUAGAUAGAAUUGGCCUCCAACUCCAACCGCAGAGGGCCAAAAUCUGCUCACAUGUCUACAGGAAAAGGCAAUUUUGAUGUGGGCAGGUGUCAAAAUUCAGUCGACAGCGAGGAGGGAAUUGGUGGAGAUGGGACUGGUGGAAGAAUGUUGCAAAUGGGCAGAGCACUGGGUGCCAGAUAAGCCUUCCUGAACAGCACCACACCCCCCUGUGCUAUAAAGCUCAGAUAACCGACUCUGCUGAGAAGCACUGUUGUAAGGGUGAAAUUGUACCGCUGGAGGAAAUGAGCUUCCACUAAAACUCAUCUGACCUACAGCCCAUGAAUACAACUGCAAUAGAUGACCUAGUAGCUUUUUUUCAAACUGUUGGGAGUAUGGAGGUUAGGAUGAGGACAGAACUGAAGUGACUUUAAGAAACCUACAUAUACUAGCUGCAUAUAGGAAAAUGGACUGCAGUCACAUACAGUAUAUUGCCUAUAUAUGAAAACUUUAAGUCUCAGUUGACUUAGUGCCAUAAAACCUCCUGUGUUUUGCAAGCAGUUCAAAUCUGAAGCAUAUGUGAAAAUAGACAUUUCUUGGUCUUCUUCACUCAUGCCAAGGCAAAUUGGCUUUUUUGUGCAGGUGGUAGAAAUUGCUAUAUGGGUACAAGUCUGCAUUCCUACCUAGGCAAAACCAUCUAGCUAAGUAGACAGCUGGCUAUUGACAAUAUCCACUUCUGAGGCAAGUAUUAGCCUAAUAUCUAAGGCCUAUAUAUGCACAAAAUCAGGCCAGCAUAGUUUCUGUCAGAAAAAGGACCUUCCCUCUUUACCCAUGACAUUUCUCGUUUUGAUACCUCCUGGUUUUUUCCCCAGAAAACUCCUGUUAUCAAUUUUAGCUAAGGUCCAUAGGACUCUCUACACCUGCAUGAAUGUAUAGUAGAACACUGUGUAUGGUAUUUGUUCUUUUCACAUGUCUAAUUCCCGUAAACAGCCUGCUGUCUGAGGUCUUCAGACCAAAUUCGUCCUACACACGCCUGCCACACAAGCGAGUUUCAGGGCAGCAGACCCAUCGUGGUUGUGCCUGUACAUUCAGGUGGCGUCCUGCCCCUGAUGGGGACAUUUGGUCCCCUCCAAACUGUCUCUUAGCUGUCCUUGCAGGACCCAUUUGUCCUCUGUUGCUCACCCAGCCAAAGGGUCCCCUUCGGGUAAUAGUGGGUCUUCACGUGACAGGCCCAGUUUCCAUUUGUGCACACUCAUACAUGUCCCCUUACGCCGGCCCUAGGAAAGCGCAAAGGCUGGCUCUUCUCAGAGCCUUCUUGGCAAUGUUUUUACCUGUGUCAAACCCACCAUUGCCAGAGUCACUGGAGCUCUGUAAACCAACAGCUGCUCACGCCCCAAGCUGCUCUACCGCCAGUGCUGCCCGGUCUCUAGGCUGAGGCAUCUCCCACAGAAGGUCCAUCCUGCGAACCCCCAAACUGGUCUGCAGAGCAUCCCUGAGGGGGAUGUACACAUAAAGCAUGAAACUCUGGUGUGUAGCAAAGAGCAGAGACAGCAAAAUAUUACCGGGGGCUGCUGCUUUGCAGUGAGUUCCUGAUGCUGGACAGGCCUUCUCCUGGGCGAGGGGUGGGGUAGCUCCGGGGAGGUAAUCCUCAGUGUCCUGCGGCAUGGGGGCACACAUAUGGGCAAGACCAAAGGAUGCUGGUGUGUGCACAGGACUUCGGUCUGUUCUGUGCAGGGAGCGGCAAAGCCAGACUUUAACUUGUAGAUGUGCCACUGCCCCAUGAGCAAAGCUCCCUGCUCUGUCUUUCCUGCUCUGGUCUGUAGGAGGGUCAUGUUGGCUGCUGCAGUGUUUGGCCUGUGGGGAACAUGCUGUUUUUGAACAGCUGAGUGCAUGGAGGGGAUUUUUUUUUUUUUAACAGACACAGAGAGCAUGCAUCAGGGGGCCUGGAUGCUGAACAGCUUGCCAUUUAAAUGCACGCUCGUGCAAGCUAAUCAGCUCAGUAAUGGUGAGCUGAGUGGACAGAGCUGCAUAUUCUCUGGAGAGAAGAAAGCUCUGCUCCUCAUUUCCUGGCUAAAUUUCUCUAAAACAAACAUGAGAGUAGACAAGGCCUCCUCCUGGGAACAUGUAUGAACUGCUUUUCUCAUGUCUUUUACUUCUCAUGUGAUGAUACUAACAUAUAACUACUUCCACAUGAACCACAUCCUUGAAUUAUUGCUUUUUAAUGGCAUUGCUCAGUCUGAGUGAUGCUACUCUUGUACACUCACCAGUAUCCCACUGAGUGUUGCAAGCAGACAUCUCCUGCUUUAUAAGCAUCCCAUGUCUUCCAAAUACCUCAUCAUCCUGAAGACGAGUUAGGAAAUCAGCUUUCCACCUCUGUUUAUGUUGUAAAUGGCAUUGUUUCAAGGAAAGGCAGUCUGGAGGCUUUUACGAUGGCCACGCUGUGCAAGCUAGCUACAAAGCUUUCCAUACCUACAGGGCUAUAGCUGUGAAAUAUGGCUGUACACUGUUAUUUGGAUAAUAGAGUAUCCAGAGCAUUUGUGGCUAUUGUGGUGAAACGGCACCAGGACAAGCACUAGGAAGGUUCGACAAGCUUGUGCAGACAGUGUUACGCUAAAGCAAAUGGAUUAAUGUACUCUCAGUAUAACUCAGCACUAAGAUCCCCUAGAGUACUGUAAUAAAAUGGUAGCAGGGCAGCCAUAAAAAGUGGCAGUAAGCUGACAUAAUAAUACCAGGAUAAAUGUAGCAAUAAGGUAACACAGGCCACUGCAGUAAAGUAGCAUUUUGAUAAUGCAGCAAUAAGACACAACAGGACGCUGCAGGAAAUUAGUUUGGGGAAUAUGGCAGUAAUAACGGUGUGUGCGGACAAACGGUGGUACAUUUGUACCAGGUACUGCGACAAUAAAGAGAACACAAGGUGUCCUAGUAAUAAGUUACUACAGUAACAACAACACGAUGCACUGUAAAGUUAUAUCAGGAUGCUUCCACGCUGCAGUCAAAUCCUACAAGAAGUGGUAGCAAGACAAUGAAGACAAAAUAUGUCCCGUUUCAGACUGCAAAACAUGAAUCAGUUUUCCGCAUGGUGAUCCAAAUUCUGGAGUGAUCUCAGCAAUACCAAUCCUAUCACUCCUCAUUUUCAAGGAAGCUGAGGCAAGAGCAUGCCCCCAUCCAGACUAUUAUUUUGGUGUCAAAAUACAAAUCGACUCAUUGUCUCUCCAGCCAAAUUGUCACAGACUGUGGUGAAGUUCUUUGGUUAGUUCUUACUCAGGUGAAACCCCAGUGAUUUUGGUGAGUCCUUUGCCUUGGAAAGGAUUUGGCUCUUUCAUCUUCUGGCAUGGGUGAUGCUUUUAGCCUACAAUUGUUUCUGUUUCAGGGUGGGGGAAGGGGAACUCAGGUACAGAACUUCUGGCUGUACUGGUCUGUUUCCUGACAUGCACAAAUAAAUUGAGCGUACUGGAAAUUCAAAGCAAUAAGGACCAAAUCUGUUCUGUCUGUCAUGCACACAUGCACACGUAAAUAAUCAUGCUGGAAUCAUUGCGAGUCCUGGAUGCAUCCAUGGGCAGGGCUUGGCCUAACCCUGUUCUCAGUGUCUCCAUCUGAGUAACAGAAGCAGUGUGUCUUCUCAAGUUUUAUUUUUUUAUAUUAUCUCCUUUUGUGCUUCCCCCCCCCCCCUUUUUUUUUUUAAUUUAAGCUCAUCUCUGCAUGAAACAUCCUUAGAAAAAAUCAGUUUGCCAUAAGGCAAUAUGCAGCACAGUGGGCAAAGGG